AACACAAGUGUUGCAGAAACAUUUCGCUUUUGCCAGCUACUUUUGAUCAAUCAUCAAACACCAAAGUUUUUUCAGCGGGAGGGGCAAGUUAAUUUGCUCCAGGGGGCAGAUCAGACUGUGUAGACUCCCUACAGACGACUGAGGGCGCAGAAGGAAACUUUCACAGUUCACCCAUCCGUGUUUUAAAGAUGCCACAUAAGAAGAGAAGCCAUGGUCACCAUAAACACACAAAGGAGGCGAAAGAAGAACGAGGAGGAGCCGCUGCUUCUCCACUUGAAGCCCAUCACAGUAGCAGGUCCUCAGCCUACUAUCCCCCUUCAGGGUCCUGCUAUGGCAAGUCGCAGCCGAGCCAGCCCACACCCAAACCGGCAGCUCAGGUCUCCACCGUGAAGCCUGCACAGUUUGAGAGGGCAUCAUCAGGAUCCACCAUGGCUACAAAGCCUGGGGGGGUUUCCACAACAACAGGCGGAGCCGCAGGAAGUGGUGUCACAGCAGGAGGAAGCGUAUCAGUUGGGAAUGCUGGAAGAGUGGCACCUAAAGCCCAACCAGAGACUAACACUACGCUGGCAGGUGCUACUGUUAUUGACAUGUCGUCUGCUGGGGGUACUGUUGUUGACAUGACAUCAGCUGGGUCGAGGGGUGGUCCUAAAGAGAUGUCAAAGACUGCACCUGUCUCCCAAGUCAAAGUCACAGCUACAGUUCCUUCUCCUGCUGCUGGAGCAGCUGCAGCCACUGGUACAGCAGCAACCACUGCUGUGACCAAAGCCAAAGAGUCACCCAAAGACACAGUCAAGAGUGCCAUUCCCAUCACUACACUCAAAGCUGAUGUGCCUAAAGUUGAUCCUGCUAUAACAUCAAAGCCAGCUGUGGCUGGAAGUGUGUCUGUGCAGGGGAAGAAAGAAGCUAAACCGACACAAACGAAGGUGCAGGUGGAGGUUCCUCCAACAGCAACUAAAGGAGCCAAAGAGGCACCGGCGGUGGAUCCAUUUGAUGCCCUGGCAAGCAUACUUCCACCCGCUGAUUCCGUCGCACCCCCACAGCCUGUAUACACCGGGCCAGAGGUCGUAGAGCAUGCCAUCACCUCUGAGAGGGGUCAGAAGUGUGGAGAAAGAGACGACACGCUGCCUCCAGGCUACAGAUUUAAAGACAUGGGACCAGUUCCUGCAGAUGUUAAACCCAAGGAUGUCCCUAAACCACUGAGCACGGACGAGGCCCUGGAUUCUCUCACCGCCGGUUUCAUGUCUUCUGCUCCGGCUGCACCCAACAAGCAAGAGAAAAAGGACCAUGUUGGCAGCAUCAGUGCCUCAUCCGCUGGUCCUUCUAACUUUGCACCGCCUCCUGUAAAGAAAACUGUGUGUCCUGCUCCUCCUGCUGAUAAAAAAGCCAAGAUGGAGAAAGUCUCUGAUGAUUUCUCUCUGGAGGCUGGACUUCCCUCUGCUUCCACCAAGAAAGGAGCCCCCCUUGUGGCCGUGUGUCCUCCUGCUGAUAAAAAAGCCAAGAUGGAGAAGGCCCCCGACAGUUUCUCUGUGAUGGCUGGACUGGAUACCAAAGUGGAGACCAAGCCCAAGACUGAUGACGGCGACAUGUCUCUGGAUGCUCUCAGUGCUCUUGGUGACACGUUGGCAGCAGACAAACCAAAGCCUGAACUCCCCAAACUCAGACCUGAGGACAUCGUCUCGGAGGACAAACUCAAUAAGGAUAAGGGUGUGCUUGUAGGAGAGAGGGAGGACACACUUCCUCCAGAAUACAGGUUCAAAGAGGACAAACUCAAAAAACUGCCCGCUCCUAAACCUGAGCCCACUAUGGGCACUGGUGAGGCUCUGGACAUUUUGACUGGGGACUUGAUGACCUCCUCAGCAGCUCCUGCUGUCCAGGCUCCCCCUGCACAGAAAGCCCCUGUGGUUCCUCCUGCUGAUACAAAAGCCAAGAUGGGGAAAGUCCCUGAUGAUUUCUCUCUGGAGGCUGGACUUUCUGCUACUACAGUCAAGAAAGUUGAAUCCUCUGCAGCCCCCCCUGUGGCUAUGUUUCCUGCUCUUCCUGCUGAUAAAAAAGCUACCGGAAAGGAUGCCAAGGCUGAUCUGGGCGACAUGUCUCUGGAUGCUCUCAGUGCUCUUGGUGACACAUUGGCAGCAGACAAACCAAAGCCUGAACUCCCCAAACUCAGACCUGAGGACAUCGUCUCGGAGGACAAACUCAAUAAGGAGAAGGGUGUGCUUGUGGGAGAGAGGGAGGACACACUUCCUCCAGAAUACAGGUUCAAAGAGGAUGAACUCAAAAAACUGCCCGCUCCUAAACCUGAGCCCACCAUGGGCACUGGUGAAGCUCUAGACAUUUUGACUGGAGACUUGAUGACCUCCUCCGCAGCUCCUUCUGUCCAGGCUCCUGUUGUCACCCCCUCGGCUCCUGCUGCACAGUCUAAAGUAGAGGAUUUGUCAGCUCUGGAUUUACUUGCUGGAGAUUUUGUGGCUCCAGCUAAAGCUUCUGGAGUUCAUGCACCUGCCCCUCCUUCUACCAAGAAGACACCACAGAAAAUGGUUUGUCCCCUGGAGCAACCGAGCUCUGUAGAUGUCCUCCCUGCACUGCCACGACAAGCAAAACCCAAGACUAAGAACUCAACUGACGACCCUAUGUCUCUGGAUGCUCUCAGUGCUCUUGGCGACUCGUUGGCUGCAGAUGAACCAAAACCUGAACUGCCCAAACUCAGACCUGAGGACAUUGUCUCGGAGAACAAAUUGAAGAAGGAGAAGGGUGUGCUUGUGGGAGAGAGGGAGGACACACUUCCUCCAGAAUACAGGUUCAAAGAGGAUGAACUCAAAAAACUGCCCGCUCCUAAACCUGAGCCCACCAUGGAAACCGGUGAAGCUCUGGACUUUUUGACUGGAGACUUAAUGACACCCUCUGCAGCUCCUUCUGUCCAGGCUCCUGUUGUCACCCCGACAGCUCCUCCUGCACAGUCCUCGGCAGACUUCGCUCUGGAUGCCUUGGCAGGGGACUUUGUUGCCUCCACAGCUGCUCCGGCAGUGAAGUCUGCUUGUGUUCCCACAGAAACUGCCCCGCAGCUGUCAGCGGGAGCAGACGAUGCCCUGCACGCUCUGUCAGACACCUUAAUGGAUAUCACACCCGCCCCUCAGCCCGCCCCAGUCCCUACCAAAGACAUUGUCAAGGAGAAUGCGGCCGUUGAAAAGAAGCUGAUAAAAAUGGGAGAGAGAGACGACACACUGCCACCAGAGUAUCGACCCACUGAGGAAGAUCUUAUGAAAAUGGCAGAAGCAAAGGGGAAAGAAGCUGCAGCACCCAAGGAGAAGACUAUGGAUGAUAAAACAGCGUUAGACCUGCUGUCUGGGGAUUUCUCUGCUGCUCCUAAGGCUGCUGCACCUGUCGCAUCAUCUGCAGCCGCAACAAAGCUGGAACCUCCGGUGCUGGACUCAGACCCCCUGAAGCCAAUGGCCGGUCCUGUCCUAGACUCCCUGGCAGGCACCCUGCUCCCAGAUGCCUCUGAGUUAAAAUCGAAGACAGACAAACCAAAGGGCAAGAGCAAGUCAAAGUCAAGGUCUAAAAAACACCACGCAGAGGAGCCAUCUGCUGCUGACGAGCUAUCAGCUCAGCUAAGCUCAGAUGUUGUGCCAACAUCUACAAAGAAGGGAGGCAAGAGCUAGACCCCUUGGUUGUUGGUGCAGUUUAUCCUACCGGCCACAGGGACACAUCACUGAGGGAGCUGCUCUCUGGAUAAUGAUUAUAUUUUUCUAAAUCGUCAAAGAAUGUAUACUGGAUGAAAGACGAAACUAGACAUACCCAUAACACUUGCUCAACAGACACACACACACACACACACACACACACACACACACACACACACACACACAAGCUCUGCCUGCAGCCCCUUUCUUGCUCGGUUUUCACGUAUAUUUCAGGAUGAGAAGCUUUUGGUUUCUGUGUUUGGAGAAAAUGAAAAGAAGACUUUUUAACACAAGAUUGAGAAUGAAAGAAUGAGUGAUGAACAGACAACAAAAGCAGGGAAACUGGGGGGCAAGAGAGGAGAUAAAGAAGAGAAAAUGGUUUGUUUUGUUGGUUGCUGGUGUUGCGCGUGCCGAGGGAAGGAAGGCGUUGCUCGUCAGAGUCCUGUAUGUACAUCUCGACUGACAGUCUCUGUUCCUCCAAUGGCACCAGUAUCACAACAUUGGUCAAGCUUAGUGGUGUUGUGACGUUGGUCGGAGCAAUGGUGGCUGUUAGCUUACGGGAGCAGUACUGAGUGGGUGUAUAGUGUUGGGAUGUUUGUGCAAUCUUGAUGUACACAGAAAAGCCAAGUUUUCUAUUGUGAUGUGGUCACAUGCCAUUAAGACACUAGUGUACAGCUUAGUUUGCUUUUAUUUUGGACAAAACAUAGUUUACAUGGUAUGUGGAGGAUUUCCAGGAGAUGUUCAGCUUAAUUCUGUAUUCAAGAGCUUCGUGCAAAUGCCUUUUACUUUCUGUAGAGAAAUAUCUGUUAAGAGAAGGGUCUGUACGUGUUUGGCUGUGUAGAAAAACAAUUUGCUGGUGUCCUGAAGUGCACUUGGUGAACAGAGGUGGUUACAAGCUUUGUAAACAGCCCUUGUUUGUAUACUGUAAAAAAAAAUAUUUUUUUGCUCUAUAUAAGACAACACUGUAUAAUUUAGAAAGGGCUAUCAACUGUAAAGUCAAAAAUCAAUAUACUUUCCCCAAGUUUUUUUUUUUCCAUGUCAGAGGUUUUGUGUGGGUGUGAGUUAAAUGAGAUAUAUUUUAGAUGUGGGAAUACAAAUUAAAUAAAAUACAAGUUGAAUAAAAAAUGUAAAAAUAAGAUCAGUGUAGUUUCUAUAUGUAAAAACCGAUCUCAACAAUCGGUGCCUAAAAUGAGACGCAAAAACCAAACCAACACAGACUGCCUUCAAAUGUGCCGGAAAUCAAUAAACACUGUUUUCGUGAAGGUGCAAGUGAAAUGUGUUUGUAUUAAACUAAACGGGAACAGAA